AUGCCUCCUGCUUCCGAUGGACCAUUGCCGGAACCGAAGGAUCAUCGAGUGGCGCUGAUCGAAGACUCCGGGGGAAUACUUUUGCGAAUCGCAUUGGACGGAUGCAAGUCUCGCGAGGUGGAGGUCAGACUAUUAGUCGGCAUAGGGUUGUCAUCUUGGCCCAGCUCGGCCGACUAUCCUGAAAGAGUCCCUCUUUAUCACUGCGAUGCUCUUUUUCAUUACACCGUGGCGCACAGCGGUAUGUACGCCAUGGCUGUUGGACCAUAUCCUGGUGCACGUUGCGAAGACCGAGCAACUCUCUGGGGCAUACGUGUUCCGGCGGCCGAGAAAAUUAUGAGCCAACAUUACGCUGCGGACAGUGUACCCGGCCUGACGGAGUCUGUGCUCAUCGAAAUCUUGCACCAGCUGCGCGAAGGACAUGCUUUGAAUCCGCUGAUCAAGUCGAAGGCAUCACGGAAGAGGGAUCCUUCGUCGCAGGAUCGGCUCCGAGUGGUUUCGCGGCACAUUCUGAGGACGAUGUAUCGCUGGUCGCUAGAAAGAGCAGGGCCAGAUCCAUUGACGUGUUGGGCGCCCGAUACCCUCUCGCGUCAUGUUCUGUUAGUGCUGGACGAGUUAGUCACCGCUUUGAAAUGCCAGAACCUGAGAUGUUACUUUCUGCCGCGGUGCAACGUGAUGCUGCAGUGCGCGAGAGGUGGAAUAGUACAUCACGAGGACUUUUAUAUCUCCGACUGCCGGUUGCUGGAAUCCUAUAUGGAGACGCUGCAUCACCGUUCUUUUUCCAUGACUCCGGCUGCGCCCAGACCUCUGGAUGUUAUGGAGAGCGAGCUCAUUGUCAGAUGGCGAGACAUCGUAUUCGCGUUGCCCAGGGGCACCGCGGACGCGGAUUAUGGGUACAACCCGAGACAAUUGGAAUAUCUGAGUCUGAUCGUGGAGCAAGUGCUCCGAGCUAAGGACGCUUCGGCGCAGGAUCGCUUGGAUAAUUCUUCUUACCGGAACUUCCCGGAGUUUUCUUAUCACACGACCGAACAAGUGCAGAAGCUCGUGUUCUUGUUGAAGUUGGUCUUGACGCAGGCAAAGGAUCAGAUUCACGCGUCGACGAAUCGAGGCACGAGGGCAGACGAACAUCGUCGGAACUUGAAAAAAAGGAAGCAUUAUAACACCACCAGCCAAUUUGAUUAUUCCGUGGAACUUUUGAUCGACGUCGUUAGGAGGGAUAGAGAGACAGCUAGCAUGGAUCUGGAUUCUCCUACAAUAAUGGCUAAAAUACUGUUACAAUGGCUAUAUUUCGGAAUGGAUUAUGAUACAAAGUAUCUGGAACCGGUGUUGCGCCCCUACCUGAGCAAUCUCUUCUACAACCUCCACGAGAAUGGCUGGUACACAGCCUGUUGGCGAAACAAGCAAGAGAUUUACGCCACCGAGAUGCAAUCUUUGUCCGCGUUCUGUAGAUCCGUGGUAACACAAGAAAUAUCACCAGCUAUUGGAAUCGUAGAUUUCCUGUCGAAGGGUUGGCGCUGGGCGGAAAGUAUGACAAAGAUGAUCGAACGUUCCGGGAAUACUUUGAGGUUGAUCUUCCUCUUCGGGGACAAGGUAUUCGGGUACAAUCUGACAUUCACCGAGAACAAGGCACUCAGUGCGUUCUCCACGUGGAGCAAGGCGCGAAACGUUAGCAUGAUCGCGAGGAGAAGAAGGAUGAAUUUGAGAGCCGGCGAAAUACUCGAUUCCCUGUCGGAAUCGCGCGGCAACGGCGGCUCCACCUGCGAAAAUAAAGGUGUUGCAGGUCACACGGAAUUGAGGAACGUCAGCCCUUUAACGUAUGUCGCGUCGUUGAGCAGACCGCGGGCUCGACAUCGCGGACCCGGUGAUCUAGUCUCGGCUAUGGUCUCCAUCGGCAAGUUCAGGAUACUACAGGAGGUUGCAGCCGUUUUGCCGCGAGAUGAGCGACUCGCCAUGUUGGAUAUGGUGCAACGAGUCGCCAGAGAAUGGUCCCGUAGCUCGCGGAAGACUAGUCGCCUGGAUACAUCGGAUUCACCGAGACAAAUCUACAGACCCAGACCCGAAUCGGAUCUCGUGGAUUCAUCGCCGCGAUUAUCGCCGGGUAUUCUGGAACGACGCAUCAUCAUGGAGCAUCAGAAACAACUGGAACGGGAGAUGCAGGAAAUGCACGACACUCUGAGACGUAAUGCGCUGUCGAGACGGCGUACUUCCGUUUGGGGUGAUUCAAACUCCGUGUCUUCGUGGAGCUCUUCGAUCGAUUCGUUCGCGGGGACAAUAACUCUUAGGAAAUACCGUACGCCGAUAUGGGAUGCGAUCAAAGGAAGCUCGCCGGCACGGGCUGAUCCUCCCUGCCGGGAUCGUGAUAUCGCGGGGAAUACAUUCGACGAGAUGAUCAGUCGGGAGGAGUCGCCGACCUGGAGCACGCUGGACGCUCGACGGAACCUCGAGGACCCGAAGAAUGGAGACGAAUUGCCAUCUUGGGACGCGCUCGAGGCGACGUUGAAUAGAAGGCUGUGUAAUUACGGAAACGCCCUGACGGAAUCCACGAAGAUGGACAAAAGUAUUGAGAGAAGCUGCGCUUCAACGCCCCGAGAAUGA